CUCUUCCUAAGACCAAAUAAUAAGCGAGGGAAGGGACACACAAGUGACUUUUCUUAAUGUAUUCCACCUGUUCCUCAUCUCAGCUGUGUUAGCGAGUUAGUCCCAAGCAGGUUUCCAUCCAGAGCUGACAUGGAGUAUCCAGGGAGAAGACUGCUUUCAGCGUUCCUGCUUUUUCUGCCUCUUCUGUAUGUCAGAUGUCUCUCCAAUCAAAAAACUACAGUCUCCUGGUGUGUGCUGUCUGAUGCUGAGGAGCAGAAGUGUCUGGAUUUGGCCGGAAACGCUACAGCACGACAUGUAAAAGGAACACUGCAGUGUGUCCGUGGCUUAAACACUAGGGACUGUAUGGAAAAAAUCAAGAAUGGAACUGCAGAUGCAGCCUCCAUGUUUGGAGAUGACAUCUAUGCUGCUGGUUUCUGCCAUGGCCUGGAGCUUGCUGCAGGAGAGUCCUACAAUGGUGUAGAUGGUAUCAGCUACUAUGUGGUGGCAAUGGCGCGCCGCUCCUCCUCAGACCUGUCCCUGCUCGAGAUGCAUGAGCGCAGCUCUUGUCACCCCGGCAUUCGAACCACAGUGGGGUGGACUGUUCCCAUUGGCUAUUUGGUCAACACAUCCCAAAUCAGUGUAGGAGAGCAGUGCAACUUCCCGAGAGUGGUGGGGAACUUCUUCGGCUAUAGCUGCGUGCCGGGGAUUAAGGAUCCCCAGCACGAUCCCAGAGGCAACAAUCCAAAGAACCUCUGCGAGGCCUGUAUAGGAGACGAAAACGACAGACACAUCUGUGCCAACAACCACAGAGAGCGGCAUUACGGAGAAUCGGGAGCUCUGAGGUGCGUGGCUGAGAACCUCGGCGACGUGGCUUUUGUCAAACACACAACAGUCUUUGACAAUUUGGAUGGUAAGAACCAAGAGUCCUGGGCCCUGGAUCUGGAGGUGGAGGACCUGAAGCUGCUGUGUCCUGAUGGAACGGAUGCCGGUCUGGAGGAGUAUGAACGAUGCCACAUUGCCGCAGUCCCUGCCAACGCUGUGGUGGUGCGUAUGGAGGACAAGUGCCGUGUCUGGAAGUACCUGGAACGCUUACAGAAUGUGUUUGGCAAUGCCACGGAGGGCUUCAGCCUGUUCAGCUCAGCAGGCUAUGGCCAAUCCGAUCUGCUGUUCAGUGAUGCCACCCACCACCUGCAGAGAGUUCUGGGUAGCUACUCCUCUUGGCUGGGCCCCACUUAUACCACUGUGCUGCAAGCCUUCGAGUGUGAGGGCUUCUGCUGAUGGAAGAGGAGGAAGACAUCCAGCACAUCAUCUUCCACCCCAUCCCGCUUUCUCCAUCCUCCCUCCCUGCCAUCUGUGUCCCCCGUCUCACCAUAUUUUCUUCUUUUAGCUUUGCUUUAUUAAUGUUUUUUCCCCCUUGCAUUUCACCACCCAAUCUUUAAUAUUAUAUCGUUGCCCUCCUCCAAACUUUUAUGUCUUUUAAUAUGCUUGCUGGCAGGUUAUGACAAGGUUAAAGAGUGGCUAGUUGGCUGUUAAAACAUAACUAAAAUUGAACAUGUUUUUUAAAGGACGCUGGGGGAGGGGGGGAGUGUAGAAAAGAAAGGGAUAGGACAAAAAAAGUUAAUGAUUGUUGUGGUUUUUCUUUUGUGUUUGAUUAACACAUACCAAAAAAAUUCUCUUAACAUUUGCUGCCCUGUAUAUUUGUUAGGAAACUGCAGCCUUCUUGGCUUGUUUCAUUAGACUAAGCUUCGGUACCACCCUUCCACCUCACUCCCACAGGGUCUGUCUCUGGCACUGAACAACUGGGUGCUAUUAACUUUUUGCUUAGAAGUCUCAGUUACUUU